AUGAAGUUCCUUCACAUCCUUUCCUACUGCGUUAUCGCGUCAGGCCUCGCCGUACCGAAUACUGCGCCCGAAGCGGAGGUCUCCGUUCGCAAUCCAGCUCAGGCGGUCUCUGUACGCACCGACACCUUCAGCUCAGCCGGCAUCUUCUCUCGAGACCAAAGCAAAGCUUGGAGGGAAGCAGAGAAGGUCGUAGGGAGGCCACUUGAGCACGGCAAAGUGUAUUAUUUCAUGUCCUGCAACCCGGCGUAUCGCAAUCAUUAUGCUACGCGGGAUGCCUACUUGAAGUAUGUUAUAGAUCAAACCGACUGCGUUCACGUUGGUUUGGUCGUUGGAAAGACGUCCAAGUGGUUCAAGAAGUUUGAGGCCGAGUACCUGCACGUGAGAGUCGAUGUGGACAACAACCCGGACGAAUGGUACCAAUCGCGACACGACUGGGAUGGUCCUAUCAUUGAUCAACGGCAAGCAGUGGGUUAA